AUGUUUGAACGCCAUGAGACAGACAUCUCGUACCCAGCGGCCACAGAGCAAAAACAGAGGGCGCCAGAAGUUCAUGCAACAGUUGAGCAUACGACAGACGACGAGAAUCGCAAACAUUAUAUAUACCACACCGUGGCUGCUUGGGGGUUAACAGCGACUCUGAACAUCAUCCCAGAGCAAGUCAGGAGAGGAUCUGAGAUUGGGGGAUGUUGGAAUAUAUAUCCAAUAUGUGACGCCGUUGCGCUGCGGAAUCAAAAGCACUUGCUUUGGUUCGGAAAUCGAGGGCAUCCCUGCGAGAUUUUCCUGAUACUGGUCGUGACAACAACGCUCAUUCACUGGUACUGCGUGCUCCGUCUUUUCAGCCAGCCAGAAUGGAGGAACAAAUACUUGUCGCAGACUAUGAUGGCAACAUUCAUCACUCUUAUAGCUUUGGGGGGAAUCAUUCAAGACUCGGCCACAGUCUUUCUUCGCGUUUUGCCCGCCGUCAUAGACGUGUACGCCUCAACAUGCCUUGCUCGGGAUUAUUUGGAUGGGGGGUCAUAA